GUCCUCCCCACUAGGUCAGCAGCCGACCGCGUCUCUUCCUAAGUUCUUUCUGCUGUCUCUUUCCCUUCUUUAGUCUUCCUUCCUUCUUUCCUGUUCUCAUCUCAUCUGUUCCUGUCCUCGGUUCUCCGUCGCGGGCGGGGAUCCCUGAAGAGGAGGGGAGUGGAAGCUACCUUCUUUAGUUCUUCCCCACCAUGGACGAAGAGUACGACGUGAUCGUUCUGGGCACUGGACUUAAGGAAUGCAUCCUCAGUGGUUUGCUCUCUGUGGAUGGACUCAAGGUCUUGCAUAUGGACAGGAAUGAUUAUUAUGGUGGGGAAUCAUCAUCUCUAAAUCUCAUUCAGCUCUGGAAGAGGUUCAGAGGAAAUGAUAAGCCUCCUGCUCAUUUGGGUUCUAGUAGGGACUACAAUGUUGACAUGGUUCCCAAGUUUAUGAUGGCAAAUGGUACAUUGGUCCGUGUUCUUAUCCAUACCGACGUCACCAAAUAUCUUUACUUCAAGGCUGUUGACGGUAGCUUCGUUUUCAAUAAGGGAAAGAUUCACAAGGUUCCUGCAACUGAUAUGGAAGCACUGAAGUCUCCACUCAUGGGCUUAUUUGAAAAGCGUCGUGCUCGUAAGUUCUUCAUAUACGUCCAAGAUUAUGAUGAGAAUGAUCCGAGGACACAUGAGGGAAUGGAUCUUACAAGAGUGACAACAAGAGAAUUAAUAGCGAAAUAUGGCUUAGAUGACAACACUGUAGACUUCAUUGGUCAUGCAUUGGCACUUCAUCGGGAUGACCGCUAUCUAGAUGAACCUGCUAUGGAUACUGUGAAACGAAUGAAGCUUUAUGCAGAAUCAUUAGCACGUUUUCAAGGAGGAUCUCCAUAUAUUUAUCCUUUAUAUGGAUUGGGGGAACUUCCACAGGCAUUUGCUCGCCUCAGUGCUGUUUAUGGGGGAACAUACAUGUUAAACAAGCCUGAAUGCAAGGUGUUGUAUGAUGAAGAAGGGAAAGUUUAUGGUGUGGAGUCUGAAGGGGAGACUGCAAGAUGCAAAAAAGUUGUUUGUGAUCCAUCAUACCUGCCACAUAAGGUUAGAAAAGUCGGAAAAGUUGCUAGAGCUAUUUGUAUAAUGAGUCAUCCCAUCCCGAACACAAGUGAUUCCCACUCAGUGCAGGUUAUUCUGCCUCAGAAACAAAUUGGACGCAAGUCAGACAUGUACCUCUUUUGCUGUUCCUAUUCACAUAAUGUGGCUCCCAAAGGCAAAUUUAUUGCAUUUGUGUCUACGGAAGCAGAGACAGACAGACCUGAGGUGGAACUCAAGCCAGGAAUAGAUUUACUUGGCCCAGUUGAUGAGAUAUUUUUUGAUACUUAUGACAGAUUUGAACCAGUCAAUGAACCCUCUCUUGAUAACUGCUUUAUAUCAACUAGUUACGAUGCGACAACUCAUUUCGAGUCAACAGUCAAAGAUGUGCUCACACUCUACACAAUGAUAACCGGAAAGGUUCUUGACCUAAGUGUGGAUCUAAGUGCUGCAAGCGCUGCAGAAGAGUGAUUCAGUAAAUAAGUUGGUUCAUCAUAAUAUAUUGGAUUUGGAUUCACUGUGUAGUUUUGCCAAUCAAGUGUCCCUGGAAACUCUUUAAUCCCCUAUUGUGAUGCUGCGCUGCUGUUUUAAGUGCCAACUAUGCAUUUCUGAAUAUUGCUUCCUUCAGAACAGUGUUAACUCCCUGUUUCUGUUAUUUAUUAUUAUGAGAAAUGCUCAUGCAUUGAUGCAGACUAUUGCAUUAGUGAA